UGAUGGAUUGGAGAAACAAAUUAGAGUUGAUUCAAAAUAAAAUAAGAGGCUAAUUACAUGCUCGUAAAAUAGAUGACUUAGAAGGAGUUUACCAAUUAAUGGCUGAAUUUGAUAAAGACAAUUCUGGUAUCAUUUAAUAUCUAAUAUAGGUUAUUUGGAUAAAGAUGAAUUCUAAAAGUUUCUAUCUAAAAUAGGUGUCUUUCUUACAACUCAAGAAUUAAGAGCAGUCUAUGAUAAAUAUGAUUCAAAUAAAGAUGGCAAUAUAGCCUAUGCUGAGUUUGUGAAUCUUAUAAGAGAAAAUAUGAGUGAAAGAAGAAUCAAUGUUGUCAGAAGUACUUUUGCAUUUCUUGAUCAACAAAGACAAGGAAGACUCUUAUUAGAAAACUUGUAUAGACUAUAUCAAGCAAAAAAUCAUCCAAGAGUAAGAACUAGAUAAAAGACUGCAGAUCAAGUUACAAAAGAGUUUGUUAAUGCUAUCUCAAAAAGAAGCAAAGAUGGUCAAAGUAUUAGUGAAGAUGAAUUCUUAAAUUAUUAUGCUGAUUGUAAUGCAACUCUUCCAAGUGAAAAAGAAGAAUAUUUUACAGAUGUAUUCUUUAUUAUAAUAUAUUAUUUAGUUAUUGACUUCUACUUGGGGAGUCACUUCAGGAGCUGAUUAUGUUUCUCCAGAACGACUUGCAUAAUUAGAAAUUAUAUUAUUUGAAAAGAUAAGAUAGAAAACGGUUACAAAGGAUGAUGAAGGUAAAACAGCUAAGAAGGCCUUUAUGUACUUUGAUUUAGAGAAUAAAGGGACUAUAGAUAUUUAUUAAUUUGCAUAGGCUCUUCAAAAAUUUGGAUGUGUUUUCAGUGAUAAAGAGAUUCAAGCAUUAUUUAAUAAAUAUGAUGCUGAUAAAAGUGGAAGAUUAUGUUAUGAUGAAAUUUGUGGAUUGAUUGCUUUAAUGGGAUCUGGAAAUAAUGCUAAUGUUAAUCCAGUAUUUUAAAUUGCAAGAGCUCCCCCUUAAGAAACCUUAAAUCGAAUUAGAAAUGAUUUAGUAAAGAAAGGUUAACAUUCUGUAAUUAGAAUGGCUACUAUCUUUGCUAAUUCAGAUAAAAAUAAAAAUGGAACAUUAAAUAGACAAGAAUUUUAAUGGGCUAUGAAAGAAUCUGGAUUUUUACUAACUAAAACAGAAUAUGAUAAUCUUUUUAGAUAUUUUGAUAAGAAUUGUGAUGAUGAAGUCUCAUUUGUUGAAUUCAUUAGUUUCUUAAGAAGUAUUUUAUCUAUAUUAUAAUUAUAUUAGAACCAUUAACUUAAAAUAGAGCAGAUCUAGUUUGUUAAUUAUGGAAUAGAAUAUCAAAUGGACAACCAUCAAUAUCAAUUUAAUAACUUAAAUGUAAAUUAAAUAUAUUAAUUUUAUAGAAUGUUAUGAUGCUUCUAAGAGUCAAGAUGUAUCUUUAGGUAUUAAGACUGUUGCUGAUUCUACAAAAGAUUUUAAUGACAUAUGGAAAGAUGUGUAGGCUGUAACCUAAUAAUAAUUUAUUGAUUAUUUAACUGAUAUUAGUGCUCUUAUAGAAAGUGAAGCAGCUUUUGAGAAAUUCAUCAGAAAUUCAUGGAGAUGAA